GGAGGGCUCCGCAAGCUUCGGUACACAUUUGAUCGGGGUGGACCCUCGUCGUCUUCCGCUCCUCCCUCUCCUGCUCCUCCUCCGCCUCCGCCAAUGUACUCCAUCAUCAUCAUCAUCAUCAUCAUCAUCAUCCCGCCUCCUCCUCGCCCUCCUCCUCGCCCUCCUUCCGGCCCGUGGCCAUGGCCAGCGGUGAGCCGCGCACCGUCUCGUGGAAGGCCGUGCACGAACUGAGGUGGCUGCGGCUGUGCGUGGUGAGCUACGUCGACGGCAACGGCCGGGAGCGCCAGUGGGAGGCGGCCGUGCGCACAACCCGCCAAGAGGCGACGCCGGCUGCGGCCAAGGUGGAUGGCGUUGCCAUUUUGGCGGUGUUGCGCUCGAGGCGGCGGCCGCCGCGGCUGCUGCUCGUGAAGCAGUUCCGCCCGCCCAUGAGCUGCAAGACGAUCGAGUUGCCUGCCGGCAUGGUUGACGAGGGCGAGUCGCCCGUCCAGGCGGCCAUGCGCGAGCUGAAGGAGGAGACCGGCUACACGGCGUCGGCGGCCGACGCGCGCACCUCGGAGCCGGUCUGCUUGAGCCCCGGGAUCACGAACGAGAGCGUCUGCCUGGUGCAGGUGGAGGUGGACGCCGACGCCCCCGAGAACCUGGCGCCGAAGCAGGAGUGCACUUCCGCCGGGCGAAAGAUUUGCGGCAAGGGACGCGAAGGCGUCGCGCGCGCGGUGGAGGCGCUGUACGAGCAGCCCUUGCUGGGAAGGGUGGGCGCGGACUUGGUGAGAGAGGGUAGAGAGCUGGUGACGCAGGGAGUCGUAGGAGCUGCCGCAGGGGGGCGGAGGGACGUGGAGAUGAUUCGCAGCCAGGCCAUGCGGCUCCUGAGCGACGGCCGGGUGCAGAGCGUCGGCCUGGGCGUGGCCCGCGCGGUGCGCGAGGGCGCCCCCCGCGGGACGCCGGGCCUGCAGCGGAGCGUCGGCAGGGGCGGCGUCCUCGGCUGCGCGCUCGGCUGCGUCACUUACGUCUUCAACACAGGCCCAGGCGGCAUCGCGGGCGCUGCGGCGCUGCUGAUGCCCCUGGUGCAGGCUUCCCAGGGGCCAGUGGGAGCCGGCGCCACGCACUUGGCUGCUGGUGCCCCGCCCUUCUCGCCCAGCGUCCCGGUCGGCGCCGCCAGUACGGUACUCUUGCCUCCGUCGCCCGGCUGGGAUCAGCACGGGUAUGAUCAGUGCGGCGGGGAUGAGCCGUACAUCGGGAGCGGCAGCAUGAACAUUUCCAGCACGACGGGAUCUGCAGCGCCGCUGCAAAGCACGCGUGUCGCCAGGACGAUCAGGAGCCUGCGCCAGCGGCGGGUGCAGAUCCGCCAGCUGCGCGAGGAGCUCCUGCCGGAGGCGCUCGCGCGCGGCGGCGAGGCCGUGGAGGCUGGAGCCCCAGCGCUCGAAGUGCUUCGUCUGUCCGCGCUGGGGUGCUGGAUGCGGAAUGAGCAGGUGGGCUGGAGUCGACAUGCUCUCCUGUCGGCCUACCGUCUCGGGAGCCGGUCGAGGCGAGGGGAUAGGCUCCUGGCGCGCGCCGAGACCAGCGCUCGCGACGGCGGCUCCGCGGGAGGAGGCACAGGGUUCGUGCGGAAGCCUGCCCCGUGGUCCAAGGAGAGCGGCCUCACGGAGAAGCAGAUCCGCGAGCUGGUGCAGCAGUGCAUCUCCCAGCACGCGGGCAGCACCAAGGGGCCCCCAUCGCCUACGGCACCAGCGUCAUCAGGAGCGGGCGCCGGUUGCAAGGAGCAGGCGCAGCACGUGCAGGGUAACAUCCAGCAGCGCACGGAGCUCCAGGCGAAGAUCAACUUCCACGAGAAGAGCCUCAAGGAGUGCAAGAUCGUGGAGGCAGAGGGCGGCCCAAUUCACCUCCUGCACCAGCGGGCCCUCGACGUCCUUCGGCAGCAGGCGCGUGAAUUGCGCCCCCCAGGCGCUGCUUACAAGGCCUCGUCCCAGAAGCUCGCGCGGUGCAUGCAGCAGCUGGACCGCUUCACGAGCGACCUGCAGGGCCUGGAGGCGCAGCUGGAGGCUACCCAGCGCAAGAUCCAGGAUAAGCAGGAGGCCACUGCGGCUAAACAGGCUGAGGUGGAGGUCCUGCGCAAGGAGAAUGCGAAGCACGAGCAAACCAUGCAGGCUGCACGUGGUGAGAAGCCCCACCCAGUCAUCAAGGAGGAAGACUUGGUUGGCUUCGACCUCGCCGAGCAGCUCGACGACAAUGGCGCGAAGGAGGCCCUCGAGCAGUUCAAGGCGAGCCCCCACUUCGGCAAGAUCCAGGCGGCCCUCCGCAAGCAGGCGGCGGAGAAGCUGGCUACGGUCAUGGCUGAGGAACCUGGUGUUCAUGCUCUUCAUGCUGAGGGCGGUGGCGCAGGCGCAGCAGACGGACCGCCAGCUCGGGAUGACGAUGACAUGGACGACGAAGACGCCGACGGCGACGCACAGCCUCGAGGAGGCGAUAAGCGCGGAGCCGCCUGGGUGGAGCUGGCCAAGGAUGACGUCGGCGCCCUCUGGCAGCAGCUCCUCAGCAGCGGACAGCAGCCCACGGACUGGACCAAGGAGAAGCUGGACGACGCCUUCACGCAGGUCCAGCACAGCAAGCACCGCAGCGGGCUACUGGCUGCCAGCGCUGGCGCCAAGCAGCUACACGUACCAGCAGCGGUCACCAUCACGCACACCUUCGAGACCUUCAACGCCAACCAGGGAAAGCUAACCCUCCAGAAGCGGCUGAGAAGGUCAACAGCAAUGGUCAUCAUGGCUCAGGAGAUAGGCUACGGCAUCGAUGACUGCGAGAGCCUCUCUUCUUGGGCAACGGCGCGCGGCUGGCAAAGCCUCAUCGUGCCAGGGCUGCCCUCGCGAGGGUACCUCCCCUCCGCAGGCCUGGCAGUCUUCGCCAGGGAGGGGAUCGGGCUGCGCGGGCCCACUUACCCUGGCGAGGCCCCGCCCAGACGUGCAGGCAGCGUCAACGAGACCAUUGCGCACGGCACCGAGCUCGUCCGUGGCAGGGCUCAACACGUCGUCGUGGAGCUGCCGAACUGGCCGCCGCUCAACGUCGUCAACGUGUACCUCCACACAGGGGGGGGCACGAGCAGCCGCAACGCAAGUAUACUCAUGACGGUGGGGCUCGCGCUUGCGGGCCAGGCGCACCCUGGCAUCAUCGGCGGUGGCUGGAACAUGGACGUGCAGGUUGUCAAGAACUCCGGCUUCCCCGUGCACGCGCAGCUGGAGAUGGUCACCCCGAGGCGCGUGACCGGCAGGACAGCGGCGUCGGUGUCAACCAUCGACUACUUCGGGCUGACCACGGGAGCCAUGCGCAUGCUAGCUGCACGCAACGCAGACUUGACCUGGUCGGUAAAGCCGCAUCGACCAGUUCAGCUUCAACUGACAGCGGAGGGCACCAAGCUCAGGUACCUCACCUACGUAGGCGGUGCGAAGAUGCCAGCGCAGAUUGUGCACGGACCUUUCCUCGAGGAGAGCAGCUGGUCCCUGGAGCGCAGCUUCGCUGAGCAGGCGCUGAGCAUGGCCAAGGAGGCGCCUGCUGCAGUCGCCUGGCGUUUCCUCUCGAAGGCUUGGGGCAGAUGGGCGACCAGGGCAGCCUCGAGGCUCGGGCACCUCACUGGUACGGAGACGCGGGCCAGCGCCUACGCGCGUCCGCUCCAAGCCAAGUGGGUCGAGCGUGAGCACCAGGUCCUCACGGAGGAUGAGGUGCAGGCGGUCGCGGAUGGAUGGAAGUGGCUGCAGGACUGCCUGGCGGGCCUCAUCACCGCAAAGGCGAACGCCUGGACACCCGAGGGCCGACAGUUUCUCAGUGUAGACUACUGCGGGCAGAACCUCAGCGCGAGGCUCGACGCAUCAGUUCGGCAUGCUCGGCAGAUUGCGCAGAGGAGUUUCAGCAGUGAGGACAUCAUGACCUUCUCGGAGGAGAUCGACGAGGACGUUAACUUUGCCAUGCAGCUAGCGAACAAGGAAUCUUCGAGGCGCUGGAGAGAAUGGUGUGACGGGGCCUGUGCGGGCGGAGCGGGGAAGCUCCACAAGGUCACUCGCGCGCGAGCAGUUCAGGCCCCCACCACGGUUAACGACUCGGAGAACGGCAUCACAGGGCACCCGCACUUUGUAGUCAAGGAUAUGGAGGAUACGCACGCAGCGCUGUGGAAGGCGGUGAAGGAGAGUGUCAUCCUGCAGGCGGUCGAGGCGGGCAAUGCCUUUUUCAAUGUGGCUAAGAAGCUCGGCGCCCGUAUUAAUGAUAAGCUUGCUGUGGUGGCCAGCUCAAAUGAUAUUGGGAAGGAAGUGGUGCGGCAGCUGCAACUUCCUACUGACAUGAAUCGCAGUCGGGCGACCUACCUGGGCACUGACUUCGCGGGAGCACGGAGGAGGCGAGGGAAGCUCCUCCGCGCCAAGCAGCAGGCACGCCACAAGAUCUACAAGCAGAGGCUGCGCAAGCUGGGGCGAUUCAGACAUCGACUACCAGGACAGCAGACGCAGCGCACGGCCAAGAUAUUCCGAGCUGGAGCUCGACCUGCGGCCACCUUCGGCGUGGAGAUCACGGGCCUCACCGACAGGGAGCUCCACAAGCUGCGAACAGACUUCGACAAGUUCCGCAAACCCUGUCAUGGGGGCGUCUCGGCCUCGGCCAAGGUGGUGCUACUGGGCGACCCCACAGUGGCGAUUGCGAUGGCGCCAGUGCUGCAGUGGUCGCGGAUGGUCUGGAUGGCACGAGACCUAGCGGGCAAGAUUGGCCUUGGUGAGGGCAAGCGUGCCACUUUCGACAUCCUAGCCCCCCUGGUCUCCAUGCGCAGCAAACGGUACACGGCGCACCAGAAGUUCUGCAUCAUGAAUGUAGCGCGCAGUGUACCAGAUGAAGAAUGUCAGGAGCCUGAGCAGAUGGCAGCCUGUUUCCUCAGGGACGACGAUGCUAGUAUGGAGAUCGCUACUGACGGCUCGUGCACCAAGCCGCCCAUCAAGGAAUUCCAGCGAGCAGGAUGGAGCCUCGUCCUGCUGGACCCCCGCUCAGACAUGCCGCUGGCGUCCAUGCACGGAGCAGUACCCGCAUCCUUACCCCAAGAGUCUGCCGUCGGAGAGCAUCUAGCGGCAGCCUUCGUGUCUCAGGUUGCAGACCGACCCUGCACCGUCCACGCCGACUUCAAGGGCGUCAUCCAUCUGGGCAACAAGCAGAAAGAGCUGCAGCUGAAGGCCAGGACCCCCUAUGCGUGCAUCGCCCACUUCGCGCAGUCGCUCGACGGCUUCACGCGCGUGCAGCAGUGCGCCCACGUCAAAGCGCACCGCUCUGGGGACGGGUACGCAGCGCUCUCCGACAGCCAGAGGAGGAUAACGGACGCGAGCAUUGUAGCGGACCGCAGGGCCAAGGAGGCAGCGGCGAUCCACCCCGCCCCCGAGCUGCAGGUAGUCGAGGAGAUGCAGAAGGGCGUAGACAGAAUAAGCCAGUUAGCGAAGCUGAUCGCCCACGUCAUGCCCAUCUUCGACAAGGACGACCAAAUCAGGUGGACCAGGAGGGCACCGACCUGGCGGCGAGCAGCGAGCACAAGGAAGGCAACAUGGCACCAAUGGCAAGAUGGCGAGCUGGGCGCGCAAUGCAUCACCUGCUUACAGUUGCACAUGCCUGGGCAACCGCUCCCCCUCACGGGGUGCCCUGGGACGCCCACUUUCCUGCUGGGCCAUCGGCGCAAACCCAAUGGCCACAAGCUGGUCGCGGUCAACCAGAAGGGCACCUUGGAGAGCGACGGGCAGGACACCUACAGGCCAGUGUUCAUCUGUGUCAAGUGUGGGGCUUGGGCGCUGCAGCGGCGCAAGGCCAAGUUGCGACAGCCCUGCGCAGUCGCCACUACCAAGGGCCUCGAGGUCCUCCACAACCUGAGGCGUGGCUUCGGUCCCUUCAAGAAGCUGAAGAAGUUCAUCGACAGCACCACCCCUCUUCGACGGCUGGAGACGACAAGCGAGGUUCACACCACUUUCACGAAGGUUGACAUCCUCAGUGGCACGGACGGGGCAGUGCCUGAGACCACGCAGUGCGUCAUCUCCUCGGCCGCGGCGGACAGCGUGGAGCACGUCGCGGAGUAUGCUGCUGCUGGGGCUGCUGGCGCGGGGGCGCUGCGCGGCUCGGCGGCGGCUUUCGACGGCUCGGGCGCGCUGGGCGCACAGUACGUGGGCGCGCUGGGCGACGACGAGCACGACACUCAGGAGGUAGCAGCCUCGGAGGCGCUCGGCCUGGAGAAGGACUCCUUCGACGGCUCGGCCGCGCUGGACGUCGCGGUCGAGGGCGCGCUGGGCGACGACGAGCACGACGCCGAGGCUGCAGCUGCUGCGGAGGCGCUCGGCCUAGCGAUGGGCCUCGGCAGCUCGGGCGCGCUGGACGACGGCCUCCUGGGCGCGCUGGGCUUCGGCGCUGAGGCGGCUGAUGCUGGGGAGGCGGGCAGAUCGCUGGCGGUCGUCGACGGCUCGGACGCGCUGGGCGUCGACACCAAGGGCGCGCUGGGCGACGCGGAGCACGACGCGGAGGCUGCAGCUGCGGGGGCGGCGGACUGCCUUUCGGCGGGCGCCGACGGCUCGGACGCGCUGGACGUCGACCCCGUGGGCGCGCUGGACGACACCGCGCACGACGCCGAGGAGGCUGCUGCGGGGGUGGCGAGCGGCUCGGCCGCGGCCGGUGGCGUGUCGGGCGCGCGGGACGGCCACGCCGCGACGGCACUGGGCUCGCUGGGCUUCGCCGAGCGCGUCGCCCGCCUCCUGGCGGCGGCUGGCGCGCGUGGGCAGCAGGCCCCUGGCGCAGCCGCACCCAGCCUGGACGAGCGCGACGGCGCCAUUGCCUCGGCCGAGCUCGAGGGCAGCGGGCGCGGCGCCGAGGCAGCAGCAGCGGGGGGCCCUGGGAUCCUCGGGCCGCACCGAGCGUACGAGGGCAAGGACGUGGGCAAGGUGGCGGCCUCGGCGGCCGCGUGGCCGCGCUGGACGGCGGCCGCCCACGGCGUCGAAGCUGCCGCUGCUGCUGCGUCGCCGCGGGCGGAGCGGGCCAGAGCCGACUCCGAGGAGUCGAGGGAGGGCGCGGUGGCCAGGGCUGCGGCUUUCAAGCAGCUCGUCGCGCUGGCGCAGAGGUCGUGA